AUGGAGAUGAAUGGGCCAAAACGAGGUGCUCUAAUUUCACCAAGGUACGAAUCACGUGCGCCCCGGCAAUGUUUCUCCUUUUGGUACACAGGGUCGUUUGGUGACUUGGCGGUGACUUUUCAUCCUCAAGAUGUUGAUGGAAAUUAUUUGGAGGCAAUUCAUACUUGCGAAGUGAUCCCUGUCCCGACGGGCGAGUGGACGUACUUUCAAUGUCAACUGGAAUUGACCGAUCCUGUCAUUUACAAAAUCGAAGCGGGAGUUCGCAGUGGCCAAAAAUUGCAAUUAGAUGAUGUUUCUUUAAUUGAUCGCGAAUGCUAUCAAGAGCAUUUUCAGUUGAAAAAUUUCACCAGCUGGUUUGGGUCUAAUCCAUCUUCGGCGUAUGUUUACAGCCCUGUUUUGCGCGCUCCAACUGGCCAUACAUAUCAGGUGAAAAUUACGAGAGGUUCUUCAAGUCUCUCCACAACAGUUUACCUAACUAACGACGCAAAUGACGAUGCUGACGUUUUUUGGCCUUGGGCUGAGCAGUAUGUAAAAAUUUAUCUGAUCGAACAUCGAAGAAUUCCUGUCAAGAACCAAAUGAAUCACAAUUACGUCUGGCUGACUUCUUCCUCAGAAACAUCUGCCAAUCAAAAACCCACCUCAGAACGGAACCCAAGCCACGUUCUAAUCUAUUUUUGA